AUCACGGCCCCAGCGCUCUUGCGCUCACCCCUGACAACGAGACUGGGCCUAUACUAGAGGAUUAAUAAGUCGUGGCGGCUCCCCGACCGACAACAUGGCGGUCGCAGACAACCACCCUCCACCCACUUCCGCCUACGGGUUGCACCAAGAACACCCGCAACGGACGCCCCAGGCACAGCCAGCAGAGCAGAGGCCGGCUCACAAAUCGAGGAAGUCUAGGGCGUUCAGCUUCAAAUCGGACAAAUCUCACAAAUCUCAAGGCUCUGGCAGCCAUAAGAUCGAUAAGCUCGAUUUGCAUGAGACAUCCGCCGAGAAGGAAGCCAAGAGACUGCACAGUAAAGCAGAUCCAACGCUCGCCAUGCAAGAAGCGGAGCCUUCUGAGGUGGCCGCCAUGGUCAAAUCCUCUCUGGCGCCUCUAAGGGCCAUCCAGCACAAGGACGCUUUCGGCAACCCAAUUGCCGAUCCGGACCUUUCCAACCCAACCCGUAGCAGAUGGGAACGUCCGUUGGACACGAUUCGAAGUUUUGAGGCGGCGAUUGAUGGUGGAUACAGCAACCAGAGCGAUGGGCCCACAUGGGGUUCCAGCCGGCGAGCUAGUUACUAUGGUGGCAAUGGAGGCGGCGGCCGGUUUACACACGACAGCUACUAUGGAAGCCGCCCGGCUUCCAUGAUGUACGCUAACCGGGGCGACGGGAGUCAGCCAGAUCUGAGAUUAGGGGGCAAUGGACAACGGGACAGUUAUUACGACUAUCAACCCGGACCUUCGGCUCCGAACGGGCGGCGGGGUUGGCCGAGGACGGGCUCGGAGCCGCAGUUUUCCUCUUCCUCGCGACAACAGAACCCUCAGGGCUAUCCAGGCCCUAGCAAUCACCGGUCUUACGAAACAGUCACCACUGCAUCCGGGAGCGGCUCCUUGGGGGAGCCAGCGGGCUACCAGACCGACCCCACUAGCAGCGAUAAUGGGUCAAUCGACCGCGUGCAAUCCGUACCCAGGCGACAGCCCGGGCCCAUCAACGACUACGGCAUUGGCUUCAGUCCCAGUCCUUCCUCCUAUCAGCCGCCUUCGUUUUCAAUGGGCAUGCAGGGUUCCAGUACGAAUGGCGGAAGCGGGCCGGUCAAUUACGGGGGGGCCGCGCCACCUGUCCCACAGAAAGAACCGGCGCCAGUGCUGAGGAAAGCGGUGACGGCCGGUCCCAUCCAGCAGCAGCAACAGCAGCAACAGCGACCCGUUCAGCCCGAAAAGCGAAAAAGCUGGUUUACGCGACGUUUCAGCAAGCAUUAGUAGUGCUGAUUUCUUGUUCUUCGGCUCGGACCGGUAAAGAUUUCGUUUCUCUUCGCGUUUUCGUUGUUUCGAUACCCAUUAUUCUCGACCAUCGACAAUCCGAGGAAGUCGGCCGGACUCGGCCCAAGACGUUGUGUG